AUGCAACAAUCUGAUAUGGCUGAGGAAAGUGCACAGCGACAAAUCAUCCUCCAUGGAUUCUGGACUAGAUACUCCAGCUGGACGGCUCGAGUCGAACUUGUCCUUGAGCACUUCAGGAUUCCAUACACGGCGCGAUACUACAGCAUCUUCAACCCAGCUGACCGGCCACGCGAUGAACGCUUCAGGGGUCGCUUGUACCCGAUGCUACAGCCCGACGCGCAGGACGCAGACUUCCUCGUCGACGAGUCGCUGGCCAUCUGCGAGUAUCUCGCCGAGACGUUCCCCGACCGCGAACUCUGGCCGAAGGAUGUGAAGCUGAGAGCACUCGCUCGUGGCGCGGCGGCGCAGAUGCACGAUGGCUUCUCCGAGCUGCGGAACAGUUACGACACCAACUUCAUCGCCAGAUACACGGGGAAGGUUCCCAUCAGUGACGCCGCACGGGUUGAGAUAUCGAAGAUGAUCGGCAUUUGGGAUCGCGCACGAUCGCACACUAAGCAGCGGCUCCAGGAGCUCGGACAGGACGAUGCUGGCUUCUUGUUCGGCAAUUUCAGCAUUGCUGAUGCAUUCUUCUGGCCCGUGCUUUGGCGAUUCAGAAGUUACCAGCUCCCGCUUGACGGCAUCUCGCAGGAUGCGCUUCGGUGGAUGGCCACAAUGUGGAAUGAUCCGGUCAUGAAGGAGCAAGCCGUUUGGUACUUCAAGCAAGCUGAAGACCCUGCAACGUGCACUCCAAAAUACGACGACAUCUUCAAAGGCAACCCCGAUGUCCAUUUCGGCCAGUUUGACAAGAACUGGGAGUUUUCGCCAUGA